UUUCAGGUAUGACCGAAUUGAUCAACUAAUGUCGAAGUCUGGAGUGCAAUGUAGUUCCAAUGUGAGAAAUGACAGAUGGUGAUGGAAGAAAAUAGGGAAGAACUUAUGGAGAGUUCAGCGAAAAUACCGGUAGACAAUGAGCUGUCCUCUCCUCUUCUGCAACAAAUUGAUAACGUCAUUAUUCAGAAUUUGGAAUACCCAUGGAAAGAUAUAGAGGACACGAAACCGACAGAUUUGGAAUAUGAACUCUUCUGUGGUGCUUUGGAAUCAUUUUGGUCUAAACCACUCAUUGAGCUUAUUGACGACUGGACGAUUUCUAUGGAAACUAUCUUACCAACCAUACGAAGUAGUAUACGAAUUUAUACCAAGGCUGCAUCCUGUGAAGAAAAGGUACGUGAAAUGGAUAUUGAAUUAGCAAGAUGGGUUGAAUUUGGACUUAGCUCAAACCAUUCCAUAUCAUAUGCGGGAAACAAUCAAAUGAUUAUGAUCGGUUGUAGUCUAACCAAGCAGCUGUCAGCUAUGCAUGAAAAGGAUCUGAGCGUGACAUUUUGUACUUCCAAAUAUUUGCAUUAUAUUAUGGAUAUCAUAUCUUCUAAGCAACAUUACUCAUCAACAAGAUGCGAAGCUGCGCAAGCAUUGCUAGGCAUUCUUUUUCAUCCAUCGAUAUCCUGGAAAUUUAUGGCGACAGAAAUUGAAGGGAAUAAAUACACGCCAUACGAGCAAAUCAUACAUCUUUUUAUGAAACCGGAGCAGGAUGUUCCGUUGGAUUUGUUAGUGGUGCUUCAAAAAAUCGCAAGUUAUUUUGCAUUUAAAUACAACACUGAUGUUAUAAUCAACUGCACACAAAGACUAUUUGUGGAAGAGGACUGUGAUGUUGAUGUUGAUACUACUCAGCUGUUCUCAUCCUUUAAAAUUCUGAACAACUUCUUUUCGAAAAUAAGGGAUGAUUUCAGUUAUAUGUCACGCACUGCACAUCGAACUGUUGUGGAAAAUUGUUUAAUUCCGCAUGUCUGUGCGCAUGUUGCAUCACCCAGUCAGGAUGCGAGAAUAAGAUAUUUAGCAAUUCGUUGUCUCCAGUUAUUAUGCGAUUUCGAUGGCACUGAUAUUACUGGAGCGGUUUUCCUUUCACAUAUGGGUGCACAAACAGUAUCAUUAGUUGGACGAUUAUUACAGCAACUUUCGGAAGAUAGCAAAGAAAAGUCACUAUUGCCUUACGCAUUGCGAGCAAUAGUACUAGUUGAUAAGCUCGCUGCUUCUAAUGAGAAGUGUGUUCCUGUGAUCGAUGUCCCUGAGCGUGUAACUAUUCUGCAAAAUAUGUUGCAUAUGUUAUUAGUCGAGGAGGGACGUCUUGCGAUGAUUUCCGCAUUAUCAUUUGGAGAUAAUCCAAAACAUUUGUUACAUAUGUGUGAUCUUCAGAAGUCAAUAUUAACACCUGAGGGGCAUAUCGUUGAUGAUAUUAAAACGCGCUUCAGACAAACUGCUACUUACGGAUAUUUGUGUGAAAUUCUGUUUGCACUAGCACGAAACCAGUCUGAUGGAAUGUUUUGGAGAAUGCAUGGUCCAGAAAUUAUUAAACUAAUCGAUUGUAAUCUCAUCUCAGCUGCGACAUCAUUGAAACAUUGGUUGGAACCAUUUCGAGAGGAAUUAGCACUUGGCAGGAAUAUAAACACAUUAAAUUUCCUUACAAUGAGACUAACUUAUCACAGUGAGAAAUAUGUGGAGGGUGAUCCACCGCUAGCAUUGGUAACUGUACUCCGUCUAAUUGAUGCAGUUUUGGAUGAGCCAGAAGAUGCAACAUUAUUUGAUGUUUCUUCCGAUGAAAUUCGUUUUGAUUACUACGCAAAAUUUUAUGAAGAUGAUGGAUUAGAGAAAAUCAGAAACGUUUUAGAUGUAGCAAACACUGAACAGAGCAAACGAGUACAUUAUCGAUGUACCGCACUUACCGGUGAUUCAUACAUUUAUUGCCAGUUUGUUCGUUCAGCAGCAAAUAUUAUGUGCAAGUUAUUAUCGUCCUUGCAAGCUAUCAAUCAAAAUCCUGAUAAGCUGAUCAUAGAUACCUUGUUGAGGACGUAUACACUUUGUUGCAUGGAUGAAGCAUCUAGCGAUCGCAUAGUCAGAGAAACCAUUAUAAAUUCAAUUGCAUUAUUUAUUUUUCCGAUCCUAUCAGAUCGACAGGGAUUACGGAGAGCUGGUCAACGGUCAUUUUUGGAGCUUUUUUUGAAUUCUGGAUUUGAGAGGCCUCCAAAUUUCUUUGCUACGUUGGAUAUUUUAUUGCAAUUAUUUCCGCUUCCAUCGGAUUUACUGGCAAACGUUAUUGGCAUUAAUGUGCAGGAGAUAACUUCAGUGGAAAAAUUAUGGAGCGAUCGUAUUUUAGAGCAUGAAAAACAGCUGCAAUUCGCGAUCAUGUUGGGUAUCUCGUCCUCACAGCGAUUGAAACGACGUUUAUUCGACCUUUUUAAACGCUUGGCAUAUUGUUCCGAGAAUAAUGCAUUGUGCUUAAUUGAUAUUCUUAUAAAGCAGAGCUUACGAAUGUUAACGUCUUCGGCACAUACGGCUGUCAUUGACGCUUUCGAGGACGAUAUUGUGGAGGAGGAAUCAAAUGUUCGUUUUGGCAAUGCCGUCGAUCUUGUGACGGCUUCAUUUUAUGCAUUUUUAGCCACCUGUUCCGGAGAAUUUAUGCUUCGAAAUUCUAUGGUUAUCAUAAUUUCGCAGCGCAGAAGUUAUAUUCCCACAUUGCUGAAGUUCUUUAAACUAGCCAGUCCGAAAACUUCACCUCACGUUUCGUUCCAAACACACGUCAUUAAAAUUUUCCGUAAUCUUUGCAUUGCUGACAAUAACUUUGAUGGAAAAAUCGAUUGUUUGCCUCGUGAUGUUUAUAUCAAAAUAUGCGAUAAUCUUGUGGAACAUUUUGGAAACGGGCAACAUAAUAUAGAAACGAUAAUGCUAGCAAUGGAAAGCGUUUGCAGCAUAGGACAUUCCUCAGCAUUUGGCCGUGCUGUGAUUAAUAAUGCUGUGAUCAGUAACGAGGGCGCUCUGUUGCGUCUUAUGGAUCGCGUUUUAAUGGGAGAACCGAUUGACAAACUACUGUUUGAACUGGCAACUCAGCUCGUAGAUCUUUUCGAAAACGUUUUAAAAAAAGAUUCAGUUAGAUUUCUUGCAAUGAAGUUGCAAUCUUCCACUAAUUCCGAACCACAUUCUUUAGUGCGACUGAAAAAUCAGUUAACAGAAUUAAAUUGUUCAAAAGAUAUGUUGUUGAGUUUGCAAAGAGCGCUAGAUGCUUCGACCCAAGCAGAAUCUGUUGAAGCACUACCAGAAGACUUGGAAGCUUACGAAUGGCCUGAAAAUGUGACUACCGUUCAGCAAGUUGAUAGCCGACAAAUAACAAAUUAUCAUGUAAAAGACUUAUUGAAUUCAGAUAAUGGAAAUUUUCAUGAUAAUGCCGCACUUUCCACCGUCGAUUUAAAUAUGCUCAACGAAGAAUUUUUCCCAGAGACUGUGUUAAUUUCUGCAAAGAAGUCAGCAUCUCCAGUUCAGCCGCAGAGUAUAAAUUCAGUUCCAAAAUGGAAGACGUUUAAUUUCGAAGGUCCGAAACGGAAACGUCCUUAUACAACCAAGAAAAUUUUGAUGAGACCAAAAAUACGUCGUUAUUAGAUGUAUAAAAAAGGCGAGUUGUUAAUUUCAUUUCGAAAAGAAGAAGGUCAGCUUAAAUGAUAUUUAUUUAUCUAACUUCACAUGCCUCAUGUUCAUAAAUUUGACCAUAAAGAGUUGAG